GGCAGGUUUUCAUUUGGGGCCUUUUUGUUACGUAAGUGGAGUGAUGUUGUGGAGCGUGUAUGUGGGAGGGAAGCUCUUCGGUUAGGUGGUUAUUCCCUUGAGAUGCUCUCUGGGUCACUGGGAAGAAAGGAGGAACAUCUCUGAAGGCUACCGAUGAUGUUCUUCAUAUUAGGGGUUAUGUUUGGGGUAUUAUUGUGUUGUUGCUGAGGAGUUAGCCAUGUUAGUCUGUAGUAGCAAAAUAGUAAAGAGUCCAGUAGCACCUUUAAGACUAACCAACUUUAUUGUAGUAUGAGCUUUCGAGAGCUACAGCUCUCUUCGUCAGGUGCCGUGUUGUUGCUGUAUGGGGUGCUUCUCUUGGGAGAGGGGACUGGGGUUCAGUCUGGCAUGGCAGAAUCACUGUGCUAGAACAGAUGAGUCUUUUUGUUAUGGGCAGCAAAGAGAGGUGACUCUGCUAUUUGGGAGGAGAAAAUUGAUUUCUUUGUUGAUUAAAGCCUAGUUGUAGAGGAACAGCUGCAUUAGUCUGCUGCAGCCCAAAGAGCAUGAAUACUGUGGCACUAUAAAGAUGAAAGCAUUUAUUGUGACCUGUAGCGAAUGUCUGAUGGUCGUGCUGCGCCAUGAAGAUGAAUCUGCUAUGUGGGUUCAGCUUCUCAAAUGCUGCAGCAAAUGUGUUUGUGGUGCUGCAAGACUAAUUCAUUAAACUGCUUAAGAAGAUUCUGACUCUGCUUUGGGCCAUCUUUCUUUCAUCAUGGGGGAGCUGUUCCGGAGUGAAGAAAUGACCCUUGCGCAGCUUUUCCUCCAGUCUGAAGCAGCAUACUGCUGUGUCAGCGAGUUGGGAGAACUUGGAAAAGUCCAGUUUCGGGAUUUAAAUCCUGAUGUGAAUGUCUUCCAGCGUAAAUUUGUUAAUGAAGUCCGAAGGUGCGAAGAGAUGGACAGGAAACUCAGGUUUGUUGAAAAGGAGAUUAGAAAAGCCAACAUUCCAAUUGCAGACACAGGCGAGAAUCCAGAGGUGCCAUUUCCUCGAGACAUGAUUGACUUGGAGGCAAACUUUGAGAAAAUUGAAAAUGAACUCAAAGAAAUCAACACCAACCAAGAAGCCCUGAAAAGGAACUUUCUAGAACUGACUGAGCUAAAAUUCAUCUUGCGCAAAACUCAGCAGUUUUUUGAUGAGGCUGAAUUGCAUCAUCAGCAGAUGGCGGAUCCUGAGCUAUUGGAGGAGUCCUCGUCGCUGCUGGAGCCGAGCGAGGUGGGCAGAGGAGCACCGCUGCGGCUGGGGUUUGUGGCUGGUGUGAUCAACCGGGAGCGGAUCCCAACAUUUGAGCGGAUGCUAUGGAGGGUGUGUCGUGGGAACGUCUUCUUGCGUCAGGCUGAAAUUGAAAAUCCAUUAGAGGACCCUGUGACGGGAGACUACGUGCACAAGUCGGUAUUCAUUAUUUUCUUCCAAGGUGACCAGCUGAAAAAUAGAGUGAAGAAGAUAUGUGAAGGAUUCCGUGCUUCUUUGUACCCCUGUCCAGAAACGCCACAGGAAAGAAAGGAAAUGGCUGCUGGGGUUAACACCAGGAUUGAUGACCUUCAGAUGGUGCUGAAUCAAACUGAGGAUCACCGACAGAGAGUCCUGCAGGCAGCUGCAAAGAACAUCCGUGUCUGGUUCAUAAAGGUGCGCAAGAUGAAGGCCAUCUAUCAUACUUUGAACCUCUGCAACAUCGAUGUGACCCAGAAAUGUCUCAUUGCCGAAGUCUGGUGUCCUGUUGCUGACCUCGACUCCAUCCAGUUUGCUCUCAGGCGCGGCACAGAACACAGUGGCUCCACCGUCCCUUCCAUCUUGAACAGGAUGCAGACCAACCAGACUCCUCCUACGUACAACAAGACCAACAAGUUCACUGCUGGGUUCCAGAACAUUGUGGAUGCCUAUGGCAUCGGGACCUACCGUGAGAUCAAUCCAGCUCCAUACACAAUCAUCACCUUCCCAUUCCUGUUUGCUGUGAUGUUUGGGGACUUUGGCCAUGGAAUUCUCAUGACCCUUUUUGCAGUAUGGAUGGUGGUCAGGGAAAGCCGCAUUCUGUCUCAGAAGAAUGACAACGAGAUGUUCAGCAUGAUUUUCAGCGGUCGGUACAUCAUUCUCCUGAUGGGCUCCUUUUCCAUUUAUACUGGUCUGAUCUACAAUGACUGCUUUUCUAAAUCUCUCAAUAUGUUUGGCUCAUCUUGGAGUGUCCGUCCAAUGUUCCGAUAUGGCAACUGGACAGAUGAGCUUCUCCGGGAUGAACCUCUCCUUCAGCUGGAUCCUGCCAUUGAUGGUGUCUUUGGGGGAGCGUACCCCUUUGGCAUCGACCCAAUCUGGAACAUUGCCACCAACAAGCUGACCUUCCUCAACUCCUUCAAGAUGAAGAUGUCUGUCAUUCUAGGCAUCAUCCACAUGCUCUUUGGUGUCUCACUCAGUCUGCUCAAUCACAUCUAUUUUAAGAAGCCUCUGAACAUCUUGCUUGGGUUUAUUCCCGAAAUGAUCUUUAUGUGUUCGCUUUUUGGCUAUCUGGUCAUCCUCAUUUUCUGUAAGUGGCUGGCUUACGAUGCAAAGACCUCCAAGGAUGCACCAAGCCUCCUCAUCCACUUCAUCAACAUGUUUCUCUUUUUCUAUGACCCCAACGGCAAGAUGCUUUAUCAUGGCCAAAAAGGUCUCCAGUGUUUCCUGGUAGUGGUGGCCAUGCUGUGUGUACCAUGGAUGCUGAUUGCCAAACCUCUGGUCCUCCGCCAUCAGUACUUGUGGAGAAAACACUUGGGGACUAUGAAUUUUGGUGGGAUCCGUGUAGGCAAUGGGCCAACUGAAGAGGACGCUGAGAUAAUCCAGCAUGACCAGCUCUCCACCCAUUCAGAGGAGGCGGAGGAGUUUGACUUCGGGGACACAGUUGUCCACCAGGCAAUCCACACCAUUGAAUACUGCCUGGGAUGCAUCUCCAACACAGCCUCGUACCUCCGCCUCUGGGCACUCAGCCUGGCUCAUGCACAGCUCUCUGAGGUCCUCUGGACCAUGGUGAUUCACAUGGGGCUCAGCAUCAACAACUUUGGCGGAGGGUUUGCCUUGUUCUUCAUCUUUGCCGCUUUUGCCACCCUGACGGUGGCCAUCUUGUUGAUCAUGGAAGGCCUCUCUGCUUUCCUGCAUGCUCUACGCUUGCACUGGGUGGAAUUCCAGAACAAGUUCUACACUGGUACUGGCUUCAAGUUCCUCCCUUUCUCAUUUGACAGCAUCCGUGAAGGAAAGUUUGACGAGUAACCAUCUCUUGGACACUUGGUUUGGAGUGCGGCAGACAACUCUUAUUUCCUCCUGCAUGCUUGUGUGUGGAUGUGUGCUUACCCAUGUAAUACUCUAAAGCUGUGUAGUUCUCCUGUUGUGAAAAUGAGACUCGCGCUGAAGAGGGAAGGAAAUCUAUAGGGGGACUCUAGGAACUUAGGGGUAGUUGUGGAAAUUCUGCAUUGUAAUCUCCUCAGCAGGGCCAAAGGGCAGUGUUGGCUUCUUCAAAUGGCCCAGACAGAAGUCCGGGGGGGGGAGGGGGAGAGUAUCCCCCACCACCCUGGUACUUCCAUAGGAGCGCAGCCAUUCCAUUCACUGCGAGAGAGCUAGCAGAGAGUGCUCAGCUGCGUUCCGUGCCCCUAGUUCUGUUAUCCAGCUUGGGUUGGGGGUGGUCACUAGUGCUGCACAAGCCUCUGCUGGUAGUACAAGGAGUUCUGCUUUCCCCGUGCGCUCUUUUGCUUCUCCUCAUCCCCCUUCUCUAAACACCACCUUUGGAUUUCUUCAUAUAUUUGACUUUUAGUGGGGCAUUUUAGAUCACAACUCUACUACAGGCCAGUUUGUUGACUAUGUAAGUGUUCUCCUGUGCUUUCCUAAGUUAAAUCUCCCACUGUGAGAAACUUUUUGGCAUAAAAGGAACAAGGGAGCGGCUGAACCAGAGAGCUCCCAUCGGUAUCUGCUACAUGGCCUAGCUACUUAAGGCAUGGAAUUCAGUGCUAUUCCUCCCCCCCCCCCUCACUUCUGCUGCACACUCUGCCUUGUGAAAUUUUGUUCCCAAAUCAUCUCUCUCUGCACAUCUCUUUAUGUGUGAGUGUGAGCCUCUGGGAAACUGGGCUUGGAAAGGAAAUGAUUCUUUGGGGAAAGUGACCUGAAUAAGCAAAGUUGGAAUUGUCCCUUCUCCAGCCAAGAGGGAAGGAGCUUGUGGAGUCAACCUGCGCGUGGCUCCGCCUGAUUAGUUUUCCCAAGGAAACUUUGACUGUCCCCACUGGAGAUUUUGAAUAGCUUGUUUUGUUCCAAGGAAGGCUGAGGGUCUUUCACCUCCAGGACAUGCUCCCACAUAACCCUGCCUUGAUGAGAGGAAUUUUUUUUUGGUAAGCUGAGCUGCUGUUACCACACCUUACACUGGGAACGUUCAUGCACUAGGGAGGGCUUCCCUUGGAAAACAGGAAUCUCCAAAGGGCAAGCCCCUGCCUUCUCUCCUCAACCUCCGUGUGCUCUGUUGUAAGCUGUGCCGUGUGUAAUUUGUGUGUGUUAAAAAAUAUACUUUUUGAGAAGUGCUUUACUGCUAGAUACUCAGGGCACUUGUGUUGAGUGGUUAAGGAAAGAGCCCAGAUUUGGUCUGGUGGAAGGGAAACUGGAAAAUUGCAAGCCCCUGUACCUGCUUUUGCACGAGACCUGUUGUUCUUGGGGCUAGAGAAAGCAGGCAGCAGUGUGGUGCAGAGUAGCCCCUUGUUGUGUUUACAUGGUUUUGGACAAACAUUUAGAAGUGUGGUGUCGUCUCCCUGUUUAUCCAAAUCAACCAGUCACUGUAACAAUUAAACCAAUUGAUGUGAUA